AUGUCUUUGGCACCUUCCAUCCCUUCCAUCAAGGUGAAGGUGGGACGCAUCGUCCCGCCGCCUCCGUACCGGGCAUGCAGGUCGUUCGCCGUGAUCAGAAGCUCCAAGGCCGAGGGGCCCAGGAGACCCGCGGCGCCUCCACUGUCGCCGCCCCCGCCUAUGCCUCCCAAGACGCCAGCUCUGUCCACCCCUCCGAGCCUGUCCCAGCCACCGACCCCAGUGAAGCCAGCACAGCCAUCACCUCCUCCUCCCGAGACCAAACCGGCAGUGGCUGCCGCUGCGACGCCACCGGUGGGAGGGGUUGUGACGUUCGAGUACCAGAGGAAGGUGGCCAAGGAACUACAGGAAUACUUCAAGAAGAAAAAGCUGGAGGAGACCAACCAGGGACCCUUCUUUGGGUGGUUGGCCAAGAAUGAGAUUGCCAAUGGAAGAUGGGCUAUGUUUGGGUUUGCAGUGGGGAUGCUAACAGAGUACGCAACAGGCUCGGAUUUCGUUGAGCAAAUGAAGAUCCUUCUCUCCAAUUUUGGGAUUGUGGAUUUGGAUUGA